AUGCAAGCCUCCGGCACUCCGGCUGAUUAUGCCCGCCCGUAUUUGUGGGAGUGCAUAUCAGUGCAAACUGCAAUGCAGCCUGGCGUAGACGUCGAUAAUUGGUCAUCCUGUCUCCUUCGUUAUCCAUAUGUGAGAAGCAUGCGCUCUCCAACCAAUGGAAUGAUGGAAUCCCAGGUUUGGAGCUUGCAUGUCACUGUUGAAGACGGGCACAUUGGAAUCUCCCGCAAAAAAAAUUGUUUUCAAAUGGGGAAACAAAGGAGAAUAGAUAUGGGCAUGUUCCUUCAUAAUUCUAGCUUCUCAUCUGCGGUCAGCACCCUGAUCAGAGGGAAAUCUAAAAAGAACGUCGACACCGACAGUGUGGUUUGUGGUCAUUUUGAAGCUUCAGGCAUUGGACUGUCUUCGGCCUCGUCUAGCUCGGACCGCGAUUCGCUUUAUUCCAAUGACAACAUCGCACGCCAAUCAUUGCCGGGCAAAGUCGCCAUGUAG